GAAGAGAAGGGAGAGAGUGUGAAAGCAUCAGAAAAGCAGAGAGAAAGAAAUGGGAUGCUGCUUGAGCGCCGGGAAAGUCAAAGCUCCGCCUGUCACCGCCGCCCAGACACCUCCACCCAUUGAAGAAGAAACCGUGAAGGAAGUCGUGGUCCAGUCAGUCUCUGUCUCUGUCUCUGUCUCCGUCCCCGUCCCCGUCCCGGUCCCGGUCCCUGAACCGGACCCCAUUCCCGUCGCCGACAUCGUUCCCACCGCAGCAGAACCUCGCAACCCUCCUCCUUCACUCCCAACGCCGGAGAUCUCUCACAACAAGUCCGACACAUGUAGCGUCUCUCAUAGCUUCUCCACCGCCACCACUGCUACUGCUGCCUCCAUCCUCGAAGACGACGCAGUCAGCAAACCCCACCACCGACAUCCUCCCCCUUCUUCCACCUCUCGCCGCAACAUGUCCGAAAGAAUCUCCAGAUCUCCAGGAGGUCGCCACUCUCCCCAGGGGAAGCUCCGUCCCAGGUUGGUCCGAGAGAGACAACCUCUUCAACAAAACCCUACCCACAACCGGCGAAAGGCGGAUUCUUCGGGUCCUCUCCCAAGAAACGGGUUACAAGAAGGUCCGAGGCGUCGCUCUCGUUCUCCGGCGACUCGUGCCCCAAGUUCCUCAAGAAGAAGCCCCAUGAAGAAGCGAGAAGCAGGUCCGGAGAAGGACGGAGGAGCAGAGGAGGCGAAGGUGAAGAAGGAAGAGGAGAAAGUAGCUGCUGAGGAGGUGAAGAAGAAGGAAGAGGAAGAUGUCGUAGCUGUGAAGGACCCUGAAGUGUCUAUGGAAUGCUUCAUCUUCCUCUGAUUAUCUCUCACUUUUGUUUCCUCUUUUGUGAUUUGUAAAUUGCAGAAAUGUAACGACCUAACCAAAUCUUUGAGGAUCUUUCAUUUA